AUGAAGAUACUGAGACACAAACAGCCUCACUUGUGUUCUGUCUGUGGAAAGAGUUUUUCAAGGCUGGAUCAUUUCAAACAGCACCAGAAAACACAUAAUGAAGUGAGAGAUCAUGUGUGUUCAGAGUGUGGGAAGAGCUUUACUACAGCUGAGUAUCUGAAACUGCACCAAAGAAUUCAUACUGGAAAAAAACCUUUCAAGUGCUCCCAUUGUGACAAGAGUUUCAUUCAGUCUGGACAUCUAAAAGUCCACGAGCGACUUCAUACUGGAGAGAAGCCAUACCAGUGUACUCAGUGUGAGAAGAGUUUCAAAGAUGCAGCAGGUUUGAAACAUCAUGUUCGCAUUCACACUGGAGAGAAGCCAUUUAACUGUGAUCAGUGUGGAACAGAUUUUCAUUCAUUAGCAUAUCUCAAAAAACACUUGAAAGUUCAUUCAGAUGAGAUGCCUCACUUGUGUUCCCACUGUGGAAAGAGAUUUUCAAGGCUGGAAAGUUGUAAACGGCACGAGAAAACGCAUAAUGAAGUGAGAGAUCAUGUAUGUUGUGAAUGUGGGAAGAGAUUUACUACUUCGGGUGAACUGAAACGACACCAAAGAAUUCACACUGGAGAAAAACCUCACAAGUGCUCAUAUUGUGGCAAGAGUUUCACUCAGUCUGGAACCCUGAAAACACAUGAGCGAGUUCAUACAGGAGAGAAGCCGUACUACUGUACUUGGUGUGAAGAGAGUUUUAGACAUUUACCAAACCUUCUCACACAUAUGAAAAAAUGUGGUGUGCAACGUUUGUCUUCUCGUCAAGUAUCUCAGAAGUAAACUGUGAGAGCACAAUAUCAUAUUAUUUAAUUUUGUUAAUUUGGUGAAAAGCUUGAAAAAACUAGAAAGACUGAAGAGUUGAAGCUUUACCAGUCAAUAACUCUAAGAGUGUAAAUAAAAUCAUUGUAGUUUAUUUCUGUCAGGAUGGGUUUUGUGCUAAAUAGGUAUUAUUUAAAGUCGAUAUUUUAAUGUAAAUACAUUAUUUACUAAGUGUACUAAAUUGUGUUCUUAUUGUAAAUGUAAUUGUGAGAAAUAAACUGAAACAACAUAU